AUGAGUGAUGAAGAAUCAAUUCAUAAAGAAGAGAAGUUAGAUACAAAUGGAGGACAUACUAAUGAGAUUGUAGAAACCAAUUGUAACGACAGCAACGACAAAAACGGCAGCCAUGAUUUAACACAUGACAACAACGAUAACAAUGACAACAGCAAUAACAACACACAAGAUAACACACAAGAGUCAAUAACAGAAUCAGAAGCUGAGGAAGAUGAACCACCAAAACUUAAAUAUUCAAGAAUAACUCAACUUCCACCAAAUUUUUUCACAAAGGAUCCAGUUUCAUCAUGUUUUUUUCAAGAUAAAUUUUUUAUAUUUGCAACUCAUUCAGGAAUAAUUCAUUUAUGUAAAUCAAAUUUUGAACCCGUUAGAACAUUUAAAGCUCAUAGAGCUUCUGUAUUAAGUACUUUUAUAGAUGGUCAAUUUUUUGCAUCUGGUUCAAUUGAUGGUACUGUUGUUAUUGGAUCGAUUUUAGAUGAAAAAGAUAUAAUUGCUUAUGAUUUUCAAAGACCCAUACAUUGUAUUGUAUUAGAUUCAAAUUUUUCAAACAAGAGAAGUUUUAUAACUGGUGGAAUGAGUGGUAAAAUCAUAUAUUCAAGUAAAAAUUGGUUAGGCAAAAAAACGGAUUAUAUUAUAGAUCAAAAUAAUGGUCCAAUUGUUGGAUUAACUAUAAUUGAUGAUCUAAUAAUAUGGAUGAAUGAUAAAGGUAUAAAUGUUUUCCAUUUAGCUAAUAGAUCAAUUAUAAAAAUUUUGGAGAAACCAAAAGAUAGUGCAAGAAAUGAUUUAUAUUGGCCAAGAUAUACACAACCUGAUCCAGAUAGAUUAAUUAUAGCAUGGAGUAAUUAUAUUUGGUCAUUAAGAAUUUCAUUAAAAACUUCAGAAGAUAAACAACAAGAUCAUCAAUCACCAAUUUCUUCAGGUAUGAGUAAAAUUUUACCAUCAACUGCAUCAAUAUCUUUCCGAAAUAUUCAAGAAAAAAAAAUUGAAAUCGAACAAAUUUUCAAAUUAAAUGAUUUAAUAUGUGGUAUAGCAAGUUUUAAAGAUGAUUUAUGGAUGGUAUUAACUUAUAAUCCACCAACUAAUAAAAAAAUUUUUAAUAAUCCAGAUUUAAAAUUAAUAAAUUCAAUGAAUGGAGAAAUUGAAUUUGAAGAAGAAUUAGGUUUAAAAAAUGUUGAUAAUUUAGGAUUAAAUGAUUUUUAUUUAGGUUUUCAUAUUGAAAAUAUUCCAAAAUAUUUUAUUAUAAGUGCAAAAGAUGGUGUAUUAGCUCAAGAAUUUCAAAUUAAUGAUAGAUUAAAUUGGUAUUUAGAAAAAGAAGAUUAUUUACGGGCUUUUGAAAUAAGUGAACAUUUAGUUGAUUUUAAUAAGAGGUUAAGUUAUGGAAUACAAUAUGUUGAUUCAUUAAUGAAAGAUAAUGAAUGGGAAAAAGCAAGUGAAUUUUUGAAGAUAUUAUUACCUGUAAAUAUUGAGGAAGAUAUUGAAAAGAGUGAAGAAGAUAUUACAAAAAGUGAAGAAAUAAUCAGUCAAUGGCAAACUUGGUCAAAUAUAUUUAUAAAUAGUAAUCAUGUUAAAGAAUUAACAAACGUUUUACCACAAACCGAUGAAUUAUCAAAAGAAAUAUAUAAUAACAUAUUAUUAUAUUGGAUUGUUAAAGAUACAGCAAUUUUGAGAAAUUUGAUAAGUGAAUGGGAUAUAGAAAUUUAUGAUUUUGUAAAAAUUGAAUUAAAAUUAAUUAAAAAACAAGAUCUUCAAAAUUUAGAUGAAAAUAUUGAAAAUUCAUUAAUUAUAAUAUAUAACAAAUCAAUUCAACCAAUAAAAGCAGUAAAACAUUUAUAUAAUCUUAAAAAUGAUUCAAUUAUUGAAUAUUGUUUUAAUAAUCAUAUUUUACAAAAUUUUAUUACAGAAUUGCCAGAGUUUAUAAAAUUAAAAUUUAAAAAUAAUGAAAUUAAUACUUUAUCAGUAGAUAAAUUAUAUGAUAUUUUAGAUCCCGUCAUCACCAUAUUUAUUGAUUUAAGAUUAGAAAUCCUUCCCCAACAAAUUAUUGAAAUUUUUAAAAAUUCAAAUUUACAAAUUAUAAAUUAUUUUUAUUUAAACAAGCUAAAAUCAAUUGAUAACUACUUAAUCUACAAUUUUCAAAAUGAAAUUAUUCAAUUAUAUUGUGAAUUCAAUAAAGAUUUACUUUACGAUUUCCUUAUAUCAAAUAAUAAUUAUAAUAUAGAAGACACUAUAAAAUUAUGUGAAAACAAUGAAUAUUAUAAAGAAUUAAUUUAUUUAUUAGGAUUAAUUGGAGAAAAUCAAAAAGCUUUAAAUUUAGUUAUAACAAAAUUAAAUAAUCCAGAAAUGGCUUUUGAAUAUGUUUUAAAAUUAAAUGAUAAAGAAGUUUGGAAAAAAUUUAUAACACAGUCAAUAACAAGAUUUAAUUUUUUAAAAAUCUUGAUUGAAAAAUCAAAUGAAUCAACUUAUAAAUUUUAUGAUCCUAUAACAAUUUUAACUAAGCUAGAAGAAAAAAUAAAUGAUGGGAAUGAAGUGGUGACGGAUGUUGAAAAAUUAGAAAAUGAAGAAAUUUUAAGAAAUUUGAAACAAAGUAUUAUUGAAUUUAGUAAAAAUAAUCAAUUAAAUAAAUUAAUUCAACAAAUUAUUUUAAAAUUAAUUUAUAAACAAAGUCAAGAAUUAUCAAUUUUUUAUAAAAAUAAGAUAUUAAAAGGUAUUGAAGUUGAAAAUGAAAGUUAG